GGGAGGGUGGACGGGAGGGUGAAUUGGAGGCGGAGAUGUGUGUAGAGAGGUGAUUAUAUGCUUUAGAUAACUGUUACAGCUCAUUAUCGGCAGAGAAUGUUAAUGAUAGUCUGGUGCCUGGUCAUAAUCGGAGAUACCUAGAUUCGAAUAAAUAUAUGGUCGAGAAAUGAAAAUAAGCAAAGAGAUCAUAUUAGAAAGUAUGUUGAUAAAGGUGGGAGGAAAUAAGAAUACCACUAAUAAGAGGUUGGACAGGAUUACAUUAUCACCUAAGCAAAGGCCUGCUAUGCGCAUGCCUCCAGUUAUAGCUCCAAGGAUCAGGGAGAAAGGGAUUAACAUAAUCAUGAAAACUAAACAUAGAGAUCAUAAAAUGCCUGACAUAAGAGCUCUUUCUACUGACAAGCCAGAUAUUUCAAAGCCAAAACCUUUGGUUACAAAAAGUGCUACUGCUCAACUUCAGACAUUGACAUCAAAUGACAAAAGGAGGAAUAGGCUGCUCUCUAAUAAUCUAAACAGCUUUAAAGUUGAUUCUUCAAGGCUAGAAGGAGUUUCUGAAAACCAUAGUAAUCGCAGAAGCUUAAUUAGAGAAAGAUGUUCUAGUAUAAACUAUUCUAAGUACAGCAUUUCAAGGCUCAAGAAUAGAAAGCUAGAUGAGGAUGAACUCAAAAAUAUUAAAAUGGAGCGGAUAUUUAAAAGUAUCCAAGACCAGACUGAGAAAGGAGAGAAACUUAAACUCACUGAGAUUGGGCUCAAGGGCACUCCCUACCAUAAACUGCUGCAAGAAGAGCAGAGCAAGAAACACUUUACUAAGAGAAAAGACUUUGAUGAUAUCUUAGAAAAAGAAAAAUAGGUUCACUGAUACAAUUACAAAAGGCAAAAGAGAUGCUAAAAUUUACCAAAGACUAGCAAAAGACCUUUCCCUUGACGAUAUCGAAGACAGUUAUAAUAUACCUAAGAAGAUCAUAUAUGAUAAAGAGUCGUGUUUGAAUCCAAAGAGGCCAAGACAUCGAUAUGGGAACUCACUUUCAAUAAGCCUGAUGAACAAUGUUGCUAAAUUGAAUCAGACAAAUGUCCAAAGUCACUUAAAGAAGUUGAGGUUUGCAAACGGCCAGUAUCAGCUUAGUCCUGUGGACAGUAUAAAGCGUUUUAACGAGCGUCCUCUGAAUGAAGUUUACAAUGGAAAACUAUUAAAAUAA